GCCCUUUUUCCCGUCUUGCCUCCUGCUCCACCAUCAUCGCAACUCUUCCACACGAGACUUUCAUUUCCUUCCUUUGCAUCCUGCAUCCCGCUGCGGCUCUCUCGAUCUCGUCCAUUUUGCUCCUCUUCCAUCAAAUAACAGAGGACACGGCCGUAUCGCGAUAAUCGCUCUUUCGACUCACCACCUUCGUUUUCACCGUCUUCCUUUUCAUCAUCACCACACCACCACUCGAACCGGGACCCACGCUCUCUCUCCUGGCAUUUUUGCCCCUGCGUCAAUCAAACGCGACAUCUCUCUCCGCGACGCAAAUCUAUCCACGCACCAUCAACCGAUCUUGCCAACCGCCAACCUACCUGCGGCCGGGCCGCUGUCCGACUUGAUUUCUCUCUCCUCGAUUCUCUUCUCUCCGUAACAAUGCGUUUCUCUCUUCUCAAGGCCGCAAGCCUAGUGCUUGCUGGCCUGACGCCUCUCGCCAGCGCCGUUACGGCAAACGACGUGCUCACAUCCAACUCGCUCGGAAGUUGUCUCGAUAACUCCCCCGUGCGAGCCACUUACUUCAAGGUUGCCUUUACUCCUAUUAACGAAACAGCCACCUUUGAAAUGGCCAUGACGACUGCGUACGAAGGCAAAGUAUUGUUCGAUAUCCACAUUCUCGUCUACGGCUACCUCAUCAAGCUCCAGGCUGACCCUUGCACGAUUACUGAACUCAAGGGCAUGUGCCCCAUGCGAGCCGGUCGCCUGCCUGGUAACUGGACGCUCGAGGUCCCUGGAUCCAAGAACAAGUUGCCUGGUAUUGCCUACGGCAUUCCCGAUCUGGAUGCUAGCGUUCGAAUCAUUGUCAACGAGCGAAAGGAUGAUGGUACUGCCGGUGGAUCCAUUGCUUGCAUCGAUACCAGCAUUACCAACGGCAAGACUGUUGACCUGAUCGGUGUCAAGUGGGCUACCGCCGUUGUUGCCCUUCUUGCUCUUGCUUCGUCCGCCGUCAUCAGCGCCCUGGGCCGUCCCAAUACCGCCGCUCACAUCGCGGCCAACUCGCUCUCCCUCGUCGGAUACUUCCAGGCACAGGCCAUCAUGGGCCAGACCGGUAUUCACUUGCCUCCACUGGUGGCUUCGUGGACUCAGGACUUCCAGUGGUCCAUGGGUAUUAUCAAUGUUGGCUUCAUGCAGACCAUCUUUACCUGGUACCAACGCGCCACGGGAGGUAGCCCUUCGACCCUUUUCCAGACUGGCGACACUCUCUCCGUUCACGUCCAAAAGCGCGGUCUUGAUUAUAUGGAGACGGCCAGACACGUUGUCAAGCGCGGCGUCAAUAUCGCUAGUCGUGCCAUUUCAGAGGUUACUCCUCGCGCCGUCAAGCAUAUCCUGAAGCGAUCUGGCAACCAGACUGAUGGUCUUGGUGGUUAUGUUGUCUCUGGCAUUCAGCGUGUUGCCUACCGUGCUGGCAUCGAAUCGACCAACCUCUUCGUCACUGGACUCGUCUUCUUCUGCAUCUUUGCCAUCAUCUCCGCCAUCUUGAUUGUCAUUUUCAAGGCCAUCACUAACCAGCUUGCCAAGCGCGGCGUCCUCAGCCAGGACCGCUUCCUCGAGUUCCGCAGCACGUGGCGCACCGUCCUCAAGGGCGUCCUGUACCGUAUCGCCAUCAUCACGUUCCCUCAGAUGGCAGUUCUGUGCCUGUGGGAGUUUACUCAGGGCGAUUCCCCUGCCGAGAUUGUUCUCGCCGUCUUCUUCCUUUUGGGCUUCUUGCUGAUCCUUGGUCACGGUGUCGCCAAGGUGUAUGCUAUUGCACGAGCAUCGGCUGCUGCUCACCGAAACCAUGCGUACGCUCUGUACUCUGACCCACACAACUUGACCAAGUAUGGUGCUCUCUACGUGCAGUUCCGUGCGUCUGGCUACUACUUCAUCGCUCCCCUCCUCGCCUACAUUCUUGUCAAGGCUAUGUUUGUCGCUUUUGCCCAGAACAGUGGCAUUACGCAGGCCAUUGCUUUUAUCAUUCUCGAGGCCGGUGCCCUGAUUACCAGCAGUGUUAUGCACCCUUACAUGGACAAGCCUACCAACUCGUUCAACAUUGCCAUUUGCAUUGUCAACUUCCUCAAUGCUAUUGCGCUGCUGAUUUUCACCGACGUGUUUGACGCACCUGGUCUUAUUGCCGGUGUUGUUGGCGUUGUUGUGUUCAUCAUGAACGCUGCCUUUUCUCUUGUCUUGCUGCUCAUGAUUAUCAUCUCGACAACGUGGAGCUUCUUCAGAAAGAACUCGGAGGGCCAGUACAAGAACAUGGCCGACGACCGUGCCUCGUUUAUCCGCUCGCAAACCGACCUCAACACCAAGAAGGAGUUGGAUGCUCUUGCUGCUACGGCUCGCGGAGACGAAAAAUAGAGGCUUCAGACAUGCCACGA